UUUCGCGACUUCUCGUUGUAGGGAGCUGGUAACACUGUCAAAUACUCAUCUCUCUCUAAUCUCGUGCUCGUUGCGUUGAUUUUUCAUCGAUUCUAGGCCGGUUUAUUUAGUAAAACUCAUAAAAGAUCGAAUAAAUAUCAAAAUGGUCUCCCUAAAUCCUAUAAGAAUUCUAAAGCAUGAAGCGGAAGAAGAAAAGGCUGAGGUGGCUCGAAUGUCAAGUUUCAUUGGAGCCAUAGCUAUUGGCGAUUUGGUGAAGAGUACCUUAGGUCCUAAAGGAAUGGAUAAAAUUUUGGUUUCUUGUGGAAGAAAUGCUGGCCAGGUUGAAGUGACAAAUGAUGGUGCUACAAUAUUAAAAUCGGUAGGUGUUGACAAUCCAGCAGCCAAGAUCCUAGUGGACAUGUCAAGAGUUCAGGAUGAUGAGGUUGGCGAUGGCACUACUUCAGUAACAGUUUUAGCUGCUGAGUUGCUCCGAGAAGCAGAGAAGCUCAUAGAGCAGAAACUUCAUCCCCAGACGAUCAUAGCUGGGUGGAGAAUCGCUGUGGAUGCAGCUAAACAGGCUUUAUCUGAUGCUAGUUUUGACCAUGAGAAGAACUUAAAUGAGGCCGCACUCCGAGCAGAUCUAGAGAACAUUGCUCGCACUACAUUGAGUUCAAAGAUUCUUUCUAACCACAAAGAACAUUUUACAAAGUUGGCUGUUGAUGCAGUUCUUCGCUUGAAAGGUUCUGGUAACCUGAAAGCCAUUCAAAUCAUUAAGAUUUCUGGUGGAGUUUUGGAAGAGUCGUUCCUCGAUGAAGGGUUCUUAUUAAAUAAAAAGGUGGGUGUGCAUCAACCGAAGCGUGUUGAGAAUGCAAACAUUCUCAUAGCGAAUACACCUAUGGACACAGAUAAGAUCAAAGUGUUUGGUUCGACGAUCAAGGUGGAUUCUAUGGCUAAGAUUGCUGAGUUAGAAGUCGCAGAAAAGGAAAAGAUGAAGGACAAAGUGAAUAAAAUUCUGGCACACAAAUGCAAUGUGUUUAUCAACAGGCAACUUAUCUACAACUACCCUGAGCAACUGUUUGCCGAUGCGGGUGUGAUGGCGAUUGAGCAUGCGGACUUCGAAGGUAUUGAGCGUCUGGCCCUGGUCACUGGUGGAGAAAUUGUGUCCACCUUCGAUUCCCCAGACAAAGUGAAGCUGGGUCAUUGUAAACUCAUUGAGCAGGUUCUGAUCGGAGACGAGUGUCUUAUCCGGUUCUCCGGCGUGGCGUUAGGAGCUGCUUGCACCGUAGUAAUCCGCGGCGCCACGCAGCAAGUCAUCGACGAGGCCGAGCGGUCGCUGCAUGACGCGUUGUGUGUGCUCGCCGCUACCGUCAAGGAGCCGAAAGUCAUUUAUGGAGGGGGUUCAAGUGAGAUGCUGAUGGCGGAGGCGGUGUCCCGCGUGGCGGCGCGCACGGCCGGCAAGGAGGCGGCGGCGGCCGAAGCCUUCGCCACCGCGCUGCGCCGGCUGCCCUCCGCCGUCGCCGACAACGCCGGCUACGACAGCGCCGAUCUCAUCGCCCGGCUGAGGGCCAGCCACGCCCAGGGGGAACACACUAUGGGCCUUGACAUGGAACACGGUUGCAUCGGUGACAUGAAAAAGCUCGGUGUGACCGAGUCGUACGUGGUGAAGCGUCAGGUGCUGCUGUCGGCUGCCGAAGCUGCAGAGAUGAUACUGCGUGUGGACAACAUUCUGAAGUCGGCCCCGCGGCGCAGGGGACCCGACCGUCGCCCUUGCUAAAUAUCGCGGAUUUGUCUCGGUAGAAAGCGAUAAGGCAAUCGUGUUGGUUGUAUCGAGAACUGCCACCAAAUUCUUUUGUUCUUUCUACAUUAUGCUUAUGAGAUGCGUUUGCCCUUAUUGCAAAUAGCAAGUGAUUGUAAUCAUUUGUAUUGAAUGAACGGCUCUGGCUAAAUAUAUAGACGAGUACAUGUAGAUGGGGUCUACCAUCAUACAAUCUUGAUAUAUAUCAGAAAUUUCAUACAAAAAAGCAAUUAUUCACUUUGAAACGAGCUAAAUCUCAUGGCAGACCUAGUAGAGUUAAAUCUGAUACGUUUUGGCAAUGCGAUCUUACGAUUGACACAAUCGCUUACUAUUAAGAUAACAUUCAAGGUUCCUUCACUUCAUUUUACUGGAACAACCAAUUUGCCCAAUCCUUUUCCAGGGAAGCAGGGUCUAUAGAACAAAGUCACUUCAAUAUCUCAGAAUCUACUGCAGCAAAUUUCUACGGGGCGCAAGCAGAACCUCACAUUUAUUGGGACACUUCUUGCGACAAUUAUAAGCUAUAAAUUGUGGCUUUUACAGUGAAGGCGUUAAACAAUUCAUGACUUCGUGUUCUCAUAUUUUUGUCCUUUUAUAACUAUCUAAUUGCGUCUUCACAUUUUUUAACACGAAUUAAACCCACAUGUGUUUAUAACCUGGUUAUCAGUUUAAACAUAAUGUCCAUAUUAAAUAAUAAAAUUUAAAGUUUAGUGAAGCCAUUCUGUUACGAAAUAUAAAAAGGAUUUGAUAUGAGAGCACAGAUUCAAAUACAAUUCGAAAUAAAUAUGUAACAACAAUUUUAUUUGUAAUUUCAAAACAUUUUUAUUUACGUUGCGUAUAACUAAAGCUUUACACAAUAUUAUAAUACAAAUAUGGUCAGUUUUAUUUUGCUAUUCACAAUGUUUUCAAACUCGUAGUAUUGCUAGGGAAUGCCAAUCAGAGAAAUGGAACGCAUUAAUAUUAGAUUUUAGUUUGAUUGGCAAAUGAUGCCUUUAUGUAUUAACAUAAUUUAAAAAUAA